AUAAUUAUUCUUUUUUAAUUUUAAGAUCAUCGUCAAUGGAACAACGUCUUAGUUUGCUAGCCACAACUCAUCUUCUUCAACACACUCUUAGAAGUUUAUGUAUUCAUCAUAAUUCUCAUUGGGUUUAUGCUGUUUUUUGGCGUAUUCUCCCUCGCAAUUACCCACCUCCUAAAUGGGAAAAUCAAGGUGCUUUUGAUAGGUCCAGAGGAAACUGGAGGAAUUGGAUUUUGGUGUGGGAAGAUGGUUUUUGUAAUUUUGCUGCGUCAGCAUCUUCCGACGACAUGGAGGGUUCCGGCGGCGACUUUCCGGGGUAUGGAUUACAGCCAUGUCGGGGUUUACAGCCGGAGCUUUUCUUCAAGAUGUCACAUGAGAUCUAUAAUUAUGGAGAAGGAUUGAUUGGGAAAGUUGCUGCAGAUCGAAGUCAUAAGUGGAUUUAUAAAGAAACCAAUGAUAAUCAAGACAUUAAAUUUUUACCCACAUGGCAUAAUUCCACCGACUCUCAUCCUAGGACUUGGGAAGCCCAGUUUCAGUCAGGCAUAAAGACCAUAGCUUUGAUCGCAGUCAAAGAAGGCGUCGUCCAAUUGGGAGCUGUUCAGAAGAUGACAGAAGACUUAAACUUGGUAGUACAGUUACGGAAGAAAUUUUGCUACAUUGAAAGCAUCCCAGGGGUUCUAUUGCCCCACCCUCUAUACUCAUCAAUUCCUUCGUCAUUCACGGAGGGCGGGGUAGGUAUGACGACAAUGGCGUACGAGAACCCAGAGAUGGGGCGGUUUGAAGGGAGCGGUCUGGGAGGUUCUGUAGAGAGUUUAGUAUACAACAAUUUGAACCAACAACUAAGAAUAACGCCAUCAAUGAGCAGUCUAGAAGCGCUUUUAGCAAAGCUACCAUCGGUUGUACCGGCGAGUACUACUGGAGCAGAGGCAGGAAUAAUACGUCCGCAUUAUCAAUAUCAACAUCAACAUGAGUCGGAGAGUUCAGCUCAAAAGACUUUGGAGCUUUUGGCAAUGGAAAAAGUAGCAAAAGUAGAGAUGAAUGAUGAUGAUGAGGAUGAUCAGGUGGCUUAUACUCAACUUCUCCAUCGUUAUCAUGAUUGUGAUAUAACUACCACCUCUUCCCAUAAUAAUCAUGGAUUUUAGUGAUCCUUUUUCGUUUUUUUUUUCUUUUUUGCUUCUCUUUUUGUGACACUAUCUGCUCUAUAUCAUUUUCAGGAUAUUAAUGAUCACCAUUAAUUAGAAAGUUAACUCAUCUUACUAA